AAUUAGUGUAAAUGGCUGCUGUCAUAAAACGUGAGCACCGUCUGUGAAAAGUCAACUGGGGACAAAUUUAGCUUUAUUAUUUAUUUUGUUCAGGUUAUACCAAAAUGGGAAAAAAGGAUAAAAAUAAAAAGAAAGGCAGAGGAACCGAAAAAACCGCUUCGAAAACAGAAAAGAAAAUUAAUAUCAAACAAAAAAAAGCGUUAAUGGCAAUAGGUGAAGACGAUAUUGAAAAAAUUUUGUUAGAGAUUGAGUAUGAGGAACAAAAGAGGACAACAGUUACAGAGAUUAAAGUAGAUUUUCCAACAAGAAGAUGCAACUUUACAUUCGUACCACAUCCAGACAAAGACGAAUUAGUUUUAUUUGGAGGAGAAUUUUAUAAUGGGAAGAAGACUCAGGUGUACAAUGAUUUGUUUUUCUAUAAUACAAACCAAAACAGUUGGUCAUUGUUACAAUGCCCUUCUGGUCCGUCGCCUCGUUGUGGACACCAAAUGGCCGUCUCUUCUGCCAAUAAUGGCCAACUUUGGCUAUUUGGUGGUGAAUUUACAAGCCCUACUCAAUCACAAUUUUAUCAUUAUAAUGAUUUGUGGGUGUACCAUAUUAGUAAAAGGAAAUGGGAGAAAAUAGCAGCUGUUAAUGGACCCAGUGCUCGGAGUGGCCAUAGAAUGGUUUAUUUUAGAAAACAGCUUAUAGUUUUUGGUGGCUUUAAUGACAACUUAAGAAAUUACAAAUACUUCAAUGAUGUCCACGUGUUUAAUACUGAAAAUUACAAAUGGCAGAAAAUAGAACCAGCAGGGACCCCUCCUGAUGCUCGAUCAGGUUGUUGUAUGGUUGCUUUACCUGACGGAAAAAUUUUAAUAUAUGGUGGUUACAGAAAAGAAAGAAUUAAAAAAGACGUGGACAAGGGACACAUUUUUACAGAUGCAUUCUUGCUUGCUCCUUUUGGAAAUGACGCUUCAGGAUUGAAAUGGAAAUGGGUGCAAACAAAGAUUGGUGGCAUUUGCGUAUCCGCACGUUGUGGUAUGCCGAUAACUGCCGCCUCCGGCGGUGUUGCUUAUACUUUCGGUGGAGUGUAUGAUGUUGAAGAUGAAGAAAAUUUGACGAGUUCAUUUUUCGAUGAUCUUUACUGUAUGGAUCUCGGAAAGCUCCGUUGGCAUACCGUUCAAAUAAUGGACAAGGAGAAGAAAAAAUGUAGACGAAAUAAAAAUGCAGAUGACAUGGACAAAGAAAUCACCAAAAGUAUGGAUACAAAUAUUCCAAAAUUCCAAACAGUGUCAGAUGAUGGUGUUUUUACUGUAACUGUAGGUCCGUCCGAAAACUUGAGCAAAACCAAUAGUAGUACAUUUUCAACAUAUGAAAACCUUAACCUUUUUUGGCCAACACCAAGAAUGAAUGCCGGUUUGGCCAUAAAAUACAGCGUUCUAUACGUUUUUGGUGGAAUUUACGAAGAUGGUAAUAGGCAACUCACCUUAAACGAUUUUUAUGCACUUGAUUUAAAAAAAAUGAAUCAAUGGAAAAUAAUUGCAAAAGAUAAUCAGUUUCAUGAAUGGCUGGAGUCUGCAAGUGCAAGUAGCACUUCAAGCAGUGGCAGCACGGACAAUGAAAGCAGUACAGAUGAAGAUGAAGAAACACCCAUGGAAACUGAAUAAAUAAUUUUUAAUAGGUACCAUAGUUUGGUUUUUAGAGUAACAACAGCAAAAGAAUAAAAAGAAACAAAUACUUAAAUAAAUGCCCCAAUGUGUGAAUCAACAUAUACUGAUUGUAUUAAUGCUUAAAUAAAGAAAUAGAUUGAAUCUUUGAAAAAUA